UACGUCCACUUAAAUAUGUCGCAACAAAACGUGACAAACGGGCCUACGACAGACGGCAACUCUGUAAAAAUCGACGAUGGUAUAAUACAAGCGCCACCGCCCAAACCACCUACAGACAUACCGCCAGCACCCUCCUAUCCCCCCGCAGGGCCGUUUUUAGCGAGACCUCCCCUGCUUCGCACAGACAGCCGGCAAAAUUUCAAUUACCGACCGCCGUUUCCUAAUGUCGUCCCCUCCAGCGGCCCGCAAUCGUUAGGAACGGUACCGCCCCACCAGUACAAUCAAGGGUACUCAGUCAACAGCGGACCCCAAUCUAUCGGUCCGGGGGUUCUACCGCCUAGACCCCCGCAGCAACAGGUGGUCAGGCAACCCGUCCAGCAACCACAGUUCGUCCAGAGAGGACCUCCUCUAGGUCCAGGAGGGACCCCUCCGCCACGUGGAGGACCGGUUCCUGGAGGACAGUUUCCUCCAGGCCAGCAACAAUCCAGACCUCCGAUAUUCCGACCUCAGACUCCAUAUCCUCGACCUCCCUUGCUGGCUCAGCGGCCUCAGAUCUUUCAGCAGAGCUCAGUACCGUCGUUUAACCGACCCAGACCCUCUCUAGAAGACUCUUUUUACAGAUCGCAAACUCUGGAUACCGCGGAGAUCGAGGGCCAGAGGUAUGCGGACGGGGGCAGGAGUCCAUUAGCGGACCAGAGACCCCCCUCCGUAGCCUCACUGGGGCGUAGCAUGAGUUCUUCGUCGCAGGGGCCGUUUUUCGAUCAAAAAAGGCACAGCGGAAGCCAGGAAUCGAUCAAUAUUUCAAGACAAGGAUCUAUGGAGAAUGUAACGAUGCAAAGAAGAUACGAGGAUCAACCCCCGUCGAGACCCGAUUCUCGACCUCCUUCGAGAAUGGACAAAAUCGACGAGAGCAAAACACCAGGAGACGCUGCAAACAAAUCACAUAGUCAAGGUAUCGAAAUGUCAAAUGGGGUCCCGCAUCAGUCUCCAAGCAAGGAGGCUUCCAAGCAGGUGUCGCAAGUUAAGGCUCAGGCGUCUGAUCACAGACAAGAAGCUCUUGAUCGGGAUCAGGAGAAAAAGAAUGAUUUGGAUCUGAAAUUGAGUCGUAAUAAAGGAGAUAACGACAGUGGCGUAGACGAAUCAACUCAAGGAAAUGACCAGUCUUGUAAUGGAGACUCCAGGUCUCCCAGGAAAUCCACCAAAUCCAGGACGUCGUCCACCACACCUACUAAGGGAAGGUCCCUGUCCAGAGGUUCCAAGACUCCAUCCAGUUUACAGUCGCCAGAUUCCGCAGCAACCACUCCAGGAUCAGCUGAAAAAAAAAAAGUUCCUAUGAACAAGAUCCAGGUCGGUGCAGCUCCGUCGCCCAAUUUGAAGGUGGUCAAGUCGAAAAUCGGGUCGUUGGAGAACUACCACUACAAGCCGGGUGGUGGGAAGGUGAAAAUCGAGAACAAGAAGCUGGAGUUCAAGAACGCAGCGCCUAGGAUCGAGGCUAAGAACGAGAGAUACCUUCCUAAGAAGGGUGAAAAGAAAAUAAUCACUCAAAAACUAGAAUGGAACGCCAAAUCCAAAAUUGGAUCACUGGAAAACGCCACCUACAAACCAAAGGGAGGGGAUAAAAAAAUCGAAAGCGUUAAAUUGGACUUCAAGGACAAGGCCAAAUCGAAAAUAGGCUCCAAGGAUAAUAUUAAGCAUCAACCAGGUGGUGGAGAUGUCAAAAUCGAGAAUAAGAAAAUAGAGCUCCACGCGAACAGCAAGGUCGGUUCUCUGGACAAUGUCAAGCACAAACCUGCAGGAGGCGACAAGAAGAUCUUCGACGACAAAGAGUAUUUGAAACAACAGAAAUCUGGAAAGUCUAGUAUGGAUCAUUCCUUGUCUGGAUCGCAGCAUUCGAUUCAGUCCCAAGAGACAAAGGCACCAGUAGCAGACGAGAAUUUGAAUCAACACCACUAGAACAAAGGGCUCCUGGAACAGAGCACCCUGUAUAUUUUUUGUUUUCGUCACAUAUCCGGUUUUUUUUAUUACAUAUAUACUUAAGUCGAAGAAAGUAACAGUUAUAUCACCGUUAGAAAACAAUGUAAACCAAAAAAAUGUCACCAGUAAUCAUGUAAUUUAUUUUUUAUUUUCGUAGUAGAUCACUUAAAUGAUACAAAAACACUGUAGGGUUCACUAAUUUUGCUUUAUGUAUUUUUACAUUGUGAAAAAAAAUCGUCCUCAAUACACCUGGUAUUUCUCAAAAGUGACUCACCCCUAUAACUUUUUUAUUUUUUCAGACAAAAAAAACGAGAUUUGGUAUGUUAGUAUAUGACAUAAGGGUCAUUUUCUAUGGAAU